UAAAUUCUAAGUUAUUGCCAAAUUCCUCCAAAUUCAAAAUGAUAGAAGCUGGAGAUAAGCCACAGACGAACCCUUCAAAAAAGAAAGUAUCUUUUAUGGGCUAUGGAGAGAUUCACGAUGCUCAACCACCAACAUCUUAUUGGGAAACACUUGCCAAUUUAUUCAAGGGAAAUGUAGGAACAGGAUGCUUUGCAAUGGCUGAUGCUAUUAAAAAUGCUGGAAUAAUUCUUGGUCCAAUUCUCUUGACAAUAAUCGCAAUAAUUUGCAUUCAGUGCUUUAAAAUGUUAAUUAAUGGUGCUGAAUACAUAAUGAAAGUAAAUGAGUUGAGUUUACGACCAGAAUUUGCAGAAGUAGUAGAGCUGAGCUUCCUAGUCAAUAAAUCUGAAAAUGACAAGUGGAAGAAGUGCGCGGUUAUUGCCAAAACAAUCUGCAACGUUGCUAUAUGCGUCACACAGCUUGGAUUUUGCUGUGUUUACUUGAUUUUCGUUUCGAGCAGCAUAAAGUUGAUUCUUGAACAUUACGGCAUCAAUAUGAAGCUGGCCAUUAUAAUGACGAUAGUUUUGGUUCCUGUCUGGUUUUCAAUAUUGGAAAGAAAGCUGAAGAAUAUAGCAAUAUUUUCGGGACUAGCUAAUAUCUGCAUGAUCUUGGGAGUGAUUUUUACAGUUGGAUAUUCUUUAAUUGACUUGCCAUCAUUCAGUGAGCGGAAGUAUGUGAAUUUUGAGAGUCUUCCUUUGUUUUUUGGUACAGCAAUUUUCGCAUUUGAAGGAAUUGCUUUGAUUCUGCCUCUACAAAAUGCAAUGAAGGAACCGAAAAAGUUUGUUGGACUUCUUGGGGUUAUGAAUGUUGGAAUGGUUCUUGUUUCUGUUAUUUACGUUACAAUUGGAUUCUUCGGUUAUUGGAAGUUUGGAGAGGCGACAGCUGGUUCUUUGACACUUAAUCUUCCAGUGGAUCAAAUACUUGCACAAGUCAUAAUAAUCAUGGUCGCAAUUGGUGUCUUGUUUGGAUAUCCAAUUCAGUUCUUUGUGGCUAUUCAAAUUUUGUUUCCGCCAAUUGUGGAAAAAAUUGAAUUUGCUAGGAAGCGUCCAGUGACUGCAGAAUUGAUAUUCAGAUCCACUAUGUGUGUUGUGACGUUUGCAGUCGCACAGUUGAUUCCAAACUUGAGCAUUUUAUUGAGUUUAAUCGGUGCUGUAUUCUGCAGUGUUCUUGUGUUUAUAUUCCCAGCUAUAAUUGAGUUGACAACGAGAAAGGCACAAUAUAAUAGAAUUGGACUUGGAUAUUGGAUUAAGAAUUUAAUCAUCAUAUUGAUGUCCAUUAUCGGAAUGAUUUUAGGCGGUGGACAAGCUUUUUAUGAAAUUUAUUUGGGAUUUUUUAAGGACUCGAAUUAGAUUAAUAAAUAAUAUUUUAGGAAUGAAUACCUUUUUUACGGG